CUCUCUCUCUCUCUCUCUCUCUCUCUGUUGUAUAUUGCUUUUUGGGUUGAUAUAAAGAAGAGAACAAAACACACACAAAAUAAAAAGCAUUUUCAUGCAAAAUCUCAUCGUUCAAGAGUAGAUUAGCUAAAGAAACUAUGAAGCUUAGAUUCACCGCGAUGCUUUGUGUGUUGGCCAUCUUAUUUCUCCUCACUCCCGUCUCUUCUCUACGACUCAUUCUUCAAUCGUCCAACGAACGAGCAGGUUUAGGGCAGGAGAGCGUUAAUGUUAAGGUAGCGCCGCCAAGAAAUCUUAUGUUCGACGAAGAAGUACUGACUGCAGGAGAACCUACGCAUCCACCAUCCAGUCACCAUAGCAAUGGAGUUACAUCCUCAGGAAAAAAUAAAGGCAAACAGAAGCAAUUAAGCAGAGAAGAAGGAGGAGGAGAGAUUGACCCAUCGCAGUAUUUGUCAAUGGACUAUCCACGACGUAAAAGAAGACGUCCGGUCCACAACAAAUCUCUACCGCUCGGUCCAUGAAACAUGGACGCUUUUAUUUUAAUAUUAUUACAUUAAUUAGAUUAACCUAAUUAAUUGGAAGUAUUUUUUUUAACUCUUGAAAAAAAAAUGGUAGUUAAUAUAAGCUUUUUACUAGCACAAGUUUUGGCCAUGUUAUUGUAAUUAACGGAAACGUGUUUUGGUUUUGUAAUAUUUAAUGGUAAUGGCCGACAUCGUGGAGCAAAACCCUAAACUCUUGUAACAACUUUGUGCUCGUUAUCUCUUUGUUCCAUGGUGCGAUGUAACGUAUGUGGGUUUUAAUUUAUUACA